UGGUGUCGUCGGCGUUACGUCACACCCGGACGUACGACAGCUGUGUUGCGAUGCGAUGUUUUUAUGGAUGUUCAGUUAUCAAUGGAGAUAGAUAACGUUUUUUGGCUUGUGCAAUAACAGCAACGCCACCUGAAAUUAUAUGAAAUAUCUUAACUUGUCGACAGUGGAAAAGAAGCAAUGCAGUCUCCUCCCGCUUACAGGAGAAUACAGUAACUGACCGUAAGUUAAUGUAACGCCAUGACUUUGUAGUAAAACAGGCAAAUGUUGCAGCAUUCAUCAAGGUUGUCUCUUUAAGGUGGAAUGCCCACCAUGAACUCGUAGAUUUUGCCAUGUAGGCCAUAUAUUACUCCGAGUUUGGAUUCAUUCUUAAUUGGUAAUGCAAAGCAGUUUUCGUACAUACAAGACAGCUGUCUGUGGAUCAACUCACCUCUGAAAACAUGACCAUGUUUGGAGUAAGAGCAGCCCUUCUCAACCUGAGGUACACUUUACAGAGAACUGGCUCCUUUACCAGAACCAGGCUCAUCCAGAGCUCCAGGGCGUGUUUUGUUAAAAGAGGGCAGAUUUUAACCCAGUUCCCCAAGGUGACGUUGUUAUGUUGGGGUGCAGUCAGUGCAUCAUCCUGUGCAGCCCAAUGCCAGGAAGCUGCUCUUCCACGCCAAAACGUAGUGAAAAAGUCUCUAGCCAAAGUCCAAGUGCACAAAGUUUUAUUUUUUCUCCGCCUCAGCCUUCGUGCAGUGGUGCUGCUGCUCAAAUUUGGCCCCCUGCUUCUCCUGUCCCCCUUGAUUCUGGUGUCCACUCGCUGGGCAUCUCUCUGGCUGGAUGCUCUGCUGUGGGUGGUUGAAACAUCUGGACCCACUUUCAUCAAACUGGGGCAGUGGGCCAGCACCAGACGGGACAUCUUCUCUCAGGAGUUUUGUGAGCGUUUCUCCAGGCUUCACGUACAGGUGCGCCCUCACUCCUGGGCCCACACCAAGCAGUGUCUAGGGAGGGCCUUCGGGGAGGGCUGGAGGAGGGUUUUAGUAUUUGAAAGCAAAGAGCCAGUGGGUUCAGGAUGUGUGGCACAGGUAUACAGAGGCUGGGCGAAGGUGGACAAGGUGGAAGACCAAGCCUUCCAGUCGCUGGUGGAGGACAUGGAGAAAGAAGACUUGCUCCAAGCCUGGGAGAUCCCUGGUCUGAAAGGAAUGGUCAGGUCCUUGUGGCAGCUCUGGAGGGGGAGAAAGGACGAGGAGGACGGCUUUCAGGAGAGAAGGCACCCAGAGUGGCAACAUGGGGAGAGCAAUGCAGAGAAGGAGCAUAUGAUUCCAGUAGCUAUCAAGGUGGUCCAUCCAAGCGUCAGGAGGCAGGUGGAAAUUGACCUACUGCUGAUGAAAGGGGCCAGCUGGCUCGUGAACUGCCUGCCUGGACUCAAGUGGCUCAGCCUGUGUGAGAUAGUAGAGGAGUUUGAGAAGCUAAUGACCAAACAGAUUGAUCUCCGCUUUGAGGCCAGGAACAUCGAGCGUUUCCAGUAUAAUUUCCGCAAUGUGGAUUAUAUCAAGUUCCCAACUACCUUACGACCAUUUGUCACCAGUACCAUUUUAGUGGAAACUUUUGAAGAGAGUGAGCCUGUAUCCAACUUCCUGAGCUCCGAGGUUCCUCAGGAGGUGAAGGCGAAAAUAGCCAGGAUGGGAAUAGAGGCCAUGCUUAAGAUGGUUUUUGUAGAUAACUUUGUCCAUGGGGAUCUCCAUCCCGGGAACAUUCUGGUCCACCGUUUGGGGCCUCACCCUGGUUCCACUGACAGUGCUGGUAAAUCUGGGGAGGCCCAUGGUAAGACCACCCUUACUGACUUGUGGGACACAGUGUUGGUGAGCGUCAGACCAGAUCCAUGUCCGCUCCAGCUGGUGCUGUUGGACGCUGGCAUCGUAGCCCAGCUCAGCGACAAUGACCUUGGCAACUUAAAAGCUGUUUUCACAGCUGUGGUGAUGCAUCAGGGUGAGAAAGUGGCUGAGUUGCUCCUGCAUCACGCUCGGGCCAACGAGUGCCAAGACGUGCCGCAGUUUAAGAAGGAGAUGGCCCAGCUGGUAGAUCAUGCCCUCAGCAACACCCUCUCUCUGGGCAAGUUCCAAGUGGGUGAAUUGCUCUCCAAUGUCUUUGGUCUACUCAUCAAACACAAGGUGAAGCUGGAGAGUAAUUUUGCCUCCAUCGUGUUUGCCAUCAUGGUGCUGGAGGGUCUCGGCAGGUCACUGGAUCCCAACUUGGACAUCCUGGACUUGAUGAAACCUCUGCUGCUAAAGAACUGUGUCCCACGGCUCUGACACACACACACAAGCACACACACACACGCACACACACACACACACACAGAGGCCAGUACAUGCAAGUACAUACAGGUACCACGCUCUAUAUACUCAACACAUAUAAUACAUCAAUAGAUAAAAGUGUAGCAUGUCUACACACUCCUAAUCCCAUGAUGAUGGGUUGUCUUCAUGCUUGCAAGAUUCCACAGUGACUCAAAGGAUCACUGUCUCAUCACUACAUUUUAGCAGUGCCCUAAAUACCUCACAAGUUUUACUUUUUUUCUUGAAUUUUAUCGUUCACUGUCUGUUUGAAGUUCAAACAUUUCACCCACAUGCAAAUAAUCUUCCAGGCACCCCUAAUGAACAAGAGUAUGUGCACUUUACAUGAGGUACCACUUGUUUAUUGAGUGCUAAUGGACUUAGACACAUUGGCAGACACACAGAUGGCAUCAGAGACCAUUUCUAGUGAUUUACGAUAUAAAAGAAAAUACUGCAAAAAUCCCCAGUUGAUACUCCAAAGCACAUGUUUUACUUUUUAAUGACUAAUAUUGACCUCAGGAUGUAUUUUAUCACUGUCUUUUAUUGUAUUUCGGAUAAUGUCGUCUCACGGGCCACAUUUCCUUUAGUUUGAAUCACAAUGUACUGUAUCAUUGACCAUGUGAAGCAUAUCAAUAAAAAGGGAAUCUAUGCUAA